AGACAAAACUGGAUAUGCUUCCUUUAUUGUUAAAACAACAGAUAUUAAACUAUCUCAAAAAGAAUACAUCAAUACUAUUGUGCUUUAUGCAGAAAUUGAAGAAGAAGGAACAGGAGUGAGCAUCUCAGGAAACAGCCUUAUCUCAGUGGUCAACAGAGUAGCUCAAAUACAAUUCUUAAACUAUGACACAUUAUUUAAACAUGGAAUUCCAUAUACCGGAAAGAUGAAAUGUACUGUCAACGAUAUACCUUUAAAGAACCAGACUGUGUACCUUACUCUUGAUAUUGAUGAUGUGGAAACUCAUAUUUCAUACAUCACUGAUGAGAAUGGGGAAGUUCAUUUCACCUUGGACACAACAACAUGGAAGAACACUUCAGUUGCUCUACGGGGUAGGUAUUCCAUCUCAAAUGCAACUUAUGGAGAUGUCAACCCAUUAUAUAAUGAUGCUUUUGUUUGGCUGAAGCCUUUCUACUCAGAGAGUAAUAGUUUCCUUGAGAUUCAACAUAUGGAGGAAGAGCUGCCCUGUGGAAAAGAUCAGGAAAUAUUGGUGGAUUACAUCCUUGACCGGAAAGAGCUGAGGCCCACGGCUGACUACAUAGAUUUCUAUUACUUGGUUGUAUCAAAAGGAAAUAUUGUCUCCAGUGGACAGCAACAAGUUCCAAUUGACCAGGAAGAGACACUCAAAGGCACCUUCUCCCUCAAUCUAACCCCGAGCUCUGAUCUGGCACCCCGUGCUAGUCUUUUGCUCUUUGCGGUCUUUGCUGAUGGUGAAGUAGCAGCUGACACUGCUGUGUUCUCAAUAAACAAGUGCUUCAAGCAUAAGGUGACAUUGGACUUCUCUAAGCAGGAAGAACUUCCAGGGGCAAAGGUCAAUCUGCACAUAGAAGCUGCUCCUGGUGCUCUGUGCUCCAUCCAUGCUGUGGACAAGAGUGUUCUUUUGCAGACAAACGAAACUCUGACACCAGAAUUAGUGUAUGAGUCACCUUACCAUUCCCUUGAAGCCAUGAAUGCAAGAGGAUUUCACUUUUAUUUGGAAGAUUUUGAGCCCUAUCCUUGUCUUCCUUCAAAUAGUGAAAGGCAAAAAAGGAGUUUGAUAGCUCCCUGGUUUCAAAGUCAGGCUGAUGUUUACAGUCUGUUCAAGGACCUGGGUUUGAAACUUAUCACCAACACCAGAGUUAAGAAACCAGUAUCCUGUGAGCUGUCACAUUUUCAGAGAAAGGUUUACCAUGCAUUCCAUACCGUGGGAGUGCCAUUACUUGGAGGCAGCCCAAUGGAUUUUUCAGUAGCCAAUACAAUUCCAGAAGCUCUUGAUUCAGUCUCCAAGAAGGAAGAGGAAGCCAAACCUAGAACAAACUUUCCAGACACCUGGAUUUGGAAUCUGAUCCCUGUCAAUGAGGAAGGGAAAGCAGUUCACUCCUUCACUGUUCCAGACACAAUCACGGAGUGGAACGCAAAUGCAUUCUGUCUGGCAGACAUAGGGUUUGGCCUCUCCCAAUUCACCACAAUCAGGGUUUUCCAGCCCUUCUUCGUUGAUCUGACUCUGCCAUAUUCUGUGAUUCGUGGAGAGACUUUCCAGAUAAAGGUCACGGUCUUUAAUUUCCUCAAGGACUGUAUCCAGGUGAGAACAACCCUGCUAGAGUCUGAGGAAGUGGAGGUGAAACCCUGUCCUGACUGCCUAUUCCCCACCUGCCUGUGCGCUGAGGAAGCCAAGGUCUUCUCAUGGAAUCUGACAGCUACACAGCUGGGGCAUGUGAACAUCUCAGUGAGAAGUGAGGCUGAGGAGACCCAAGCAUUGUGUGGCAACAAGAUAUCUGUCACUCCCACGCGUGGCCGGUCAGACACAGUUAUCAAAUCUUUACUUGUCAAGCCAGAAGGUGUCCUUGAAGAAAAAGCCCAGAACACUUUCCUAUGCUCUUCAGGAGAACCAGCAUCUGAAGAAGUUUCCCUAACAAUGCCGGAAGCAGUUGUGCAGGAUUCUGAGCGGGCCAUGGUAUCUGUCAUUGGAGAUAUUAUGGGAGCUGCACUAGAAAAUAUAGACCAUCUGCUUCAGAUGCCCUUUGGCUGUGGUGAGCAGAACAUGGUCAAGUUUGUUCCCAACAUCGUUGUACUCCAGUACUUGGAAGAAACCAAUCAGGUGACUCCGGAGUUAAAGAAUCGGGCAAUAGAGCACAUGAAGAGUGGAUAUCAGCGGCAGCUACUUUAUAAACACAAUGAUGGUUCCUAUAGUGCCUUUGGAAAACGUGACGAAGAGGGAAAUACUUGGCUGACUGCAUUUGUGGCCAAGGCUUUUGGCCAGGCAAAGCGCUACAUCUAUGUGGAUGAAAAGCAUAUUCAGAAUGCCGUGGACUGGUUAAGGAAACACCAACUUCCCAGCGGCUGCUUUGAAAGUGUGGGGAGGCUCUUUAACAAUGCCCUGAAGGGUGGUGUGGAUGAUGACCUCUCUCUGACAGCCUAUGUCACUGCUUCUUUGCUGGAGCUGCACCUAAAGAAUAAUGGGAGUCUGGUAGAUGAUGCCUUACUCUGCUUGAAGAGGAACCUGAACUUUAUGAACAACACCUACUCCAAGGCUUUGCUGGCUUAUGUCUUCACAUUGGCUGGGGACACAGAGAUCCGGCAACAGCUCCUCGGAGACUUAGAGGAGGAGGUUCUCAAAACAGAGACAUCAUUCUCACAGACUGAGAUCAUUGCCUAUUUUCUUUUGGCUUGCUUGGCUAAACCGGAGAUAUCCACAGAUGAUAUUAAGUAUUCUUCCAAGAUAGUGCAAAUCCUUGUUAAACUACAAAACCCAUAUGGAGGCUUUUACUCCACACAGGAUACUGUGGUUUCCCUGCAAGGUUUAGCCAGGUAUGCAGCAUUGACAUUUGUUGAGAUAGAAAAUCUAAAGGUGGUGAUAAAAUCCAUUCAAGGCUUCCAGCAUGAAUUCCAUGUGAACAAGGAAAAUCGGCUGGUGCUGCAGCAGGCCUCCCUUCCAGAGAUCCCUGGUCAGUACAAGGUGGAGCUCUCAGGUCAUGGCUGUGUUUAUGUGCAGACUGUCCUUCGAUAUAACCAACCACCGCAGAAGACAAAUAGUUUUACUUUGAAUGUGGAAAUAUUCCCAAAUGUGUGCAAUUCCUGGAAGCAUUUUGUCAUCCUGCUAAAUUUGAGCUGGAAGGCGAAGGCCAUGUAAAGAAAGUUGAACUUGAUCUAGACAAAAUCACUAUUUACCUCGAUCAGCUUGAUAAUACAGUUCAAAACUACAGUUUUGAAGUGAUACAAGAACAUGAAAUAACAGAUCUUAAGCCUGCAAUAAUUAAAGUUUAUGAUUAUUACCAUCCAGAUGACAAUACUGUUGUUGAAUAUAAUGCUCCUUGCAGUGAAGGUAAAGAUGAUGUUGUAAUGCUUUUACACAUUUUUGUCUAUUAUUAAUUUCCUAAUUGACUUCUUUCCCAGAUUAUGGUCCAGUUCACAGUCAGUUGUGGAAAAAAAAUAUUUUAUGGUGAAAAAAUGUAAUUGUGUAAUUCUUGCUGUGACUGCACUCCUUUGACAAAAGGUUUAGAGAGAUCAAACUGAAAAAUAGCCAUUUUGUAAUUCCAGCCAUAUACUUUGGAUAAUAACAUUAUCCAUAAUAUUGUUUUAUACAUAAUAUUGUAUAAGUAUGCAUAAUAUUAUACAAAUAUUGUUUUAAAUAUUACAUAAUUAAUUUCCUGCAGUUCUCUAGUUGUUAUUGUUAUUCCUUUUUAAAGCUUGUAUUUAUAAUUACAGGUAGUCCACAACUUACAACAAUUCAUUUAGUGACCAUUCAAAUUUACAAUAGCA